AUGAUCAUUCACGUUGAUGUCUUGAUGAUUUUCGCGCGGACGCAAAAACACAUCGACGACAUCAAGCGUGAACUCAAGACGGACUGUAGCAUCAAGGGACGGACGGAGCUCGGUGAACUAAAGUACUGCCUUGGUAUUGAACUGAAGCGUGACAUUAACAGCAAGACAAUUCGGUUGAAUCAACGUGGAUACAUCAAGCGUCUUGCAGAGAAGUAUGGCAUCGACAAAUGCAAGGACGUGCACACGCCGACUAAUGAAGGUUAG